UAGUGGACUAGUGGUUAGUAGGUAUUGUAAUAAUACGUAAUCUCGGCCUUAUGUUAGGUAUUGUAUUGUACAUACUGGAAUAUUUACACUCUACAUACACCCACAUGCACACCUACCUAGGCAUACAUAAUAUCAAUAGACAUCCCGAUGUGUACCCACGCAAUUCUCCCAUAAUCAGGUAAACAGGUUGACAGUCUAGUUUCAUACCAUCCCAUCCCAUCCCUCGCCUCUGGAGAGCAAUAACCACUUCCGAAUCGUAUCUCAUAUCUCCCCUGAAUCUCUCGCGCAUCAUGAUGGGAAGUUGGUGGUCGUCCUCGGCCAACAGUGCCUUGGACGAACAGAUUGAUAAAGCAACCGGAAGUAGUCUGGAGGAUAUUCCUCUUAACCUCGAGAUCUCCGAUGUCAUUAGAUCCAAAACGGUCCAACCUAAAGAAGCUAUGCGCUCGCUGAAACGUCGCAUCGGCAACAAGAAUCCUAAUACCCAGCUGAGCGCGCUAAACUUGACAGACACUUGCGUCAAGAACGGCGGUUCUCAUUUCCUCGUCGAGGUUGCUUCGCGAGAGUUUAUGGAUAAUUUAGUAUCUCUUCUCCAUGCAGUUGGCCCCGCCGAAGUUAAUAGCGAGGUCCGAGCCAAGAUAUUAGAGUUGAUACAGUCCUGGGCCGCCGCUACCGAAGGUCGCUACGACCUAAAAUAUAUUGAGGAGACCUACAGAGCUUUGCAAAGAGAGGGGUUCCAAUUUCCUCCUCGAACAACCGUAGCAAGCAGUAUGAUCGACAGUAGCGCCCCCCCAGAAUGGACCGAUUCCGAUGUCUGUAUGCGGUGUCGGACCCCAUUUACCUUCACGAACCGUAAACAUCAUUGUCGGAAUUGUGGUAAUUGUUUCGACCAACAAUGUUCUACCAAGACGCUUCCUCUACCGCAUUUGGGUAUCUUACAACCCGUGCGGGUCGACGAUGGCUGCUAUGCCAAAUUAACAGAUAGAUCUACUAAAAGUAGCUUCGGAAGACAGGAGCGCUCUCCCACAAGCCCUUCCUUUCCUCAUAAAAACCGCAGUUCGUCCGCCAUGUUGCCUCGAAAUGCCAGAGUUGACGACGCCUUCGACGAAGACCUCAAGAAGGCCUUGGCAAUGAGCCUAGAGGAAGUCCAAAGUCAUUCCAAGGGCUAUGUCCCUCCAACAGAUAACACCCCUCGACAAUCAUAUGCGAAAGCCAGCGACCACUCAUCCACACCAAUAGUUGCACCUGCAGCCGAGGAGGAGGAUGAAGACUUGAAGGCUGCCAUCGCAGCAUCUCUGGCAGACAUGGAAGAGCAAAAACAAAAGCAUUCCGCUGCCUUGAAACAGCAGACAAACAUGGUUGAAAACAUCUCAGCUACUUCAUUCGCGUUGCCCAAGAAUGAUUACGAGCUCACUCCAGUCGAGGCCGAAAAUAUCAACCUUUUCUCCACGCUGGUCGACAGGUUGCAGACGCAGCCCCCCGGUACGAUACUGAGGGAGCCACAGAUUCAGGAGCUUUAUGAUUCUAUCGGGGCGUUGCGACCAAAGCUAGCGCGCACAUACGGCGAAACGAUGAGCAAGCAUGAUACCCUGCUCGACCUACAUGCUAAGCUUUCCACUGUUGUUCGAUAUUACGAUAGAAUGCUGGAGGAGCGCCUCUCAAAAGCUUACAGCCAACAUAAUAUUGGUAGCUACGCUUUGCCCAGCUCCGGACAACAGACCGGCCCAUAUCCCUCAAUAGAAUCUACUACCGCCAGGGCUUCUACGUCAGCAGAAAAUUUCUAUACGGGCGACCCACUUACAGAUCCAAGUAGGAAGUCUGCAAGCCACCAAUACCUCCAACAUGUCCAGCGAGGUCUGCCACCACAAUUUACAAGCUAUGACAAGAGAGCUUCGGUGUCGGCCCCCUCGAGCAACCAAUAUCCGCAUCAUGCAGGACAAGGAAACGAGGGUUGGCAAAAACAACAAGGGCCAUCCGCACCAGCUCAGUAUCCUAGUCAAGCAAAUUUCACACCCAACGACGUUCCCCCUCAGUCUAGUCACGUAUCCCACCCCUCCCCGCAAACUCCCCUUAACAGAGCCACCGAGCCAGCAGCGACAUCAGCGGCCGACCCCAGUGCGACGUAUUAUUAUAACAACCCUCAGUCGAGCACUGACCAUGCCACACAGGGUAUACCUCCAGAAGCGUCACCGUCACCGUAUCCAAACCUUCAACACAGCUUAAGCUAUACCGGGCAGCCCAUCCCUCCAACACCUGCCUCUAUUCCUGCGCAAGCAUCCCAGCCCCCACAGCAUUAUCAGCCACCCAACCAACAAGCGCAACAGCCAUAUUGGCAACAACAAUAUGUGGACCAGGCCCCUCAAGCAUAUCAGACAACCGGGGGAUAUUCAAGAUACAGACAGGACUCGUUCCCUGCUGUUCCCCAACAUACACCUCAGCAGCCUGCCAUAGAAGAAAGUUUGAUUGAUCUAUAGGAUAAACAGGAUAAAGCAGGAUCGGAUUGUGUCACAUGAGUGGAAUGAGAUUAAUAGUAGCCAACUCGAUGAGAAAAAUUCCUUUGCUGAGGGGUGCAUUGCAUGAGACGUAUGACAAAUUACCUACCUAAUCUUUUAUUUUAUGCUGUGCCUGACUUCCAGGUAUUUGGAAUAUGAAGCUCCAAAUGCAAAACUAUGAAAAUGUAGCUGAGAGGCUCAAGGAAUGGAAGCUGUUUUAUGUAUUACGAACAACAAGGUGUUGCGAAGAACAUCGUUUAUUUAUUACCUACCUAUGGAUUGAAGAAAAGAACCAUGUUGUGUUAAUCCGACUAGGUGCUUAAACACCUGAGGCU